CCCAACUUCCCCGCGCUACCAACUUCCAGCCCCCCUCCCCAUCCAACACCCGCUUCUCCUCCUCCCACUCCCCCCCGGCUCCCGCAUCCCUCGAGCGGCACAACCACUUCAGGAAAAGAAAAAAAGCGCAAUAACAAACUGCGGGGGGACUCGGCUCCCCCCGCCCCCCCCGGCCCUAAGCCCAGCCCAGCACGGAGGCAACUUUGGAUGUGUCUGCUCUUCCCGGCACUCCGGGUUACAUUCCUCCGGAGCGCCCGCUCAGGCCGGUUGUGACAUAGCCCUAAAACUUUAAGAGGAAUUUCUGCCGCGGGCUGGAAGAUCGAAGCGCUUCGGCUGCGAGGAGAGGCAGCCCCGCAGCCCCUCCCAGGCUUUCUCGGCUCUCCCGGGGCCAAGGGGUGCCCCCCCACCCCAGUUCGGACCGGACCCUCUCGGCCGCCCCGACCCCCCCCCCCCGCCAUGGCAGCGCUGCCCGGGACGGUGCCGCGGAUGAUGCGCCCGGCUCCGGGGCAAAACUACCCUCGCACCGGCUUCCCUCUGGAAGUGUCCACCCCGCUGGGCCAGGGAAGGGUGAACCAGCUCGGAGGGGUUUUUAUCAACGGCCGCCCGCUCCCCAACCAUAUCCGGCACAAAAUCGUGGAGAUGGCUCACCACGGGAUCCGGCCCUGCGUCAUCUCCCGCCAGCUGCGGGUCUCCCACGGCUGCGUCUCCAAAAUCCUCUGUAGGUACCAGGAGACGGGCUCCAUCCGGCCCGGGGCCAUCGGAGGCAGCAAGCCCAGGCAGGUCGCGACUCCCGACGUGGAGAAGAAAAUCGAGGAAUACAAACGGGAAAACCCCGGGAUGUUUAGCUGGGAGAUCCGGGACAGGCUCCUGAAGGACGGGCACUGCGACCGGAGCACUGUGCCCUCAGUGAGUUCGAUUAGCCGGGUGCUACGCAUCAAAUUCGGGAAGAAAGAGGAAGAGGAGGACUGCGACAAGAAGGAGGAGGACGGGGAGAAGAAGGCCAAGCACAGCAUCGACGGAAUCCUGGGCGACAAAGGUAACAGGUUGGAUGAAGGCUCUGACGUGGAAUCUGAGCCAGACCUGCCCCUGAAGCGCAAACAGCGCCGCAGCAGAACCACCUUCACGGCCGAGCAGCUGGAGGAGCUGGAGAAGGCCUUCGAGAGGACCCACUACCCCGACAUCUACACCCGUGAGGAGCUGGCCCAGAGGACCAAACUCACCGAGGCCCGUGUGCAGGUGUGGUUCAGUAACCGCAGGGCGCGCUGGCGCAAGCAGGCAGGCGCGAACCAGCUCGCGGCCUUCAACCACCUGCUGCCGGGGGGGUUCCCGCCCACCGGGAUGCCCACCCUGCCCCCCUACCAGCUGCCGGACUCCACCUACCCGACCACCACCAUCUCCCAAGACGGGGGAAGCACCGUGCACAGGCCCCAGCCCCUGCCUCCCUCCACCAUGCACCAGGGGGGACUCGCGGCCGCCGCCGACAGCAGCUCAGCCUACGGAGCCCGGCACAGCUUCUCCAGCUACUCCGACAGCUUCAUGAACGCUGCAGCUCCUGCCAACCACAUGAACCCCGUCAGCAACGGCCUCUCCCCACAGAAGCAGGGUGCCCAAAACAAGAUGCAGUGCUCCAGGUGGAACCUCACCAUAGCCCUGAACAAUCAGGUGAUGAGCAUCCUGAGCAAUCCCAGCGGGGUCCCUCCCCAGCCCCAGGCCGACUUCUCCAUUUCUCCCCUUCACGGUGGCCUGGACACCACCAACUCCAUCUCUGCCAGCUGCAGCCAGCGCAGUGACUCCAUCAAGUCCGUGGACAGCCUCCCGACUUCCCAGUCCUACUGCCCUCCCACCUACAGCACCACCAGCUACAGCGUGGACCCGGUGGCUGGAUACCAGUACGGACAGUACGGACAAACUGCUGUUGAUUACCUGGCCAAGAACGUGAGUCUGUCGACGCAGCGCAGGAUGAAGCUGGGAGAACAUUCCGCCGUCCUGGGCCUCCUACCAGUAGAGACAGGCCAAGCUUAUUGAAGAGUCCAACUGUGCCAACAACCUGCUCCAGCAACUUGGAACCACUGGAGAAAACACCACCAGCCUUCCAGAGAUCUGCCUGUACCCAGACCCUACUCCUUCCCAAUUCCCUUCCACCUCCACCAACUUGAGCUGCAAAGGAGACGGGAAAGAGCGGGAGGGCUCUCCAAGUAUCCAGCUCCUCCAGAGCACUCCAGAGGCAGCUGUGGCCUCUGUGACCUGACUCCUCCUGUGGCCAGAGACAGUGGGUUGGGUACAUUUAUUAAUCCCGAGUUCAUGCCCUCCCUCUACUAAACUACCUGGCCAUGGCAUUUCGCCCACACUUAAGGACUUUCCAUUGAUCUAGGUAGUUGGCAUAGUCAAAGCCAAAUUGAUUUUUUUUUCUUUUUCUGUAAAAAAAAGAGAAAUGUUUCAUUUUGUUUCCUUUUCUUUCCAUUGCUGUAAAUUUGGUGAAUGUAUAGGAAGGAAUAACCAAGCUGAUCAUUAAGGGUGAUACAAAUCAGGACCACAGAAGACCUAUGGACCAAAUAUAAGAACUCGUUUAAAAACAAAAAGAACAAACCACAAAGACAAACAAACCCAGAAAAACAUAUAUUAAAGUGACAGCAAAUUUCCCCACCCCACUCUACCCUCCGUUCUCACUGGUGGCCUCCCAAAGCAGGGCCAGGUUGCUGCUAAGCAGGGGCAGGAUGGAAAUCCAUCCAGCCUGGGACCUUUGGAAAAUGUAAAUGGCUGCAUGAGGGCUGCAGAUGACGGGCACAGGCAUGAGCAACAUUUACUUUUUCUUUUAUGGACCAAUUUAGAGCUGACUGUCACUGAAAGGACGUGGGCACCGGGAGCAGCAGGAGAUGGGACAGCACAGAGGAAGGGCAGCGGAUACACCCCAGAGCGCAGGAGCUGUUGCUCAUCUGGUUGAGAAGGGUGAGGGCUGUUGGUGGCCCUUCCUUCUCUCAGCAGGAGAGGAGUUGGCCCUGAGAGCAAAGACAAGAGAGGGCAGAGUCAGAGGUGUUUGUGAGCUCAGUGUGCAAAGCCAGGGUCUUCUGCAGGGCUCACCUGAAAGGAGACGGUGCUUGGUCUGGAGGUGCUUUGCCACAGUCUCUCACUGAGGGAUGGAUGUGGCCUGGCCUGAGGUAAAAGGGACCUGAAAAGCCUUUCUAGCAGCAGCUUGGAAGGAAAGGUGCUCUCAGAGGCAAGAUUGCACCUCUUUGUACUGCAGGAAAAUAUUUACCUUCCCGAGACAUUCCUUAUCCUUUGGCUGCCAGGAGAAAUGUUUGCCCCAUCCCUCCUCCUGGCUCUUCCCACACCCAUCUCAUUCCGUGUACUCUUCUGUACAACUCAGUCUCUUGGUCCCUUCCCUCUGCUUUCCAUUUUGGUGGUAGAACCUCUCUCUUUCUCUCUCUUUCUCUCUCUUUCUCUAAGCCAGACCUUGUUCUGCAUUUGUCACCCCACUCUUCUCCAGCAGUGAAAAACAGUGCUCUCACUUUUGUGUCACCUCAUUGCACUGCUCAGAUAAGCACAGUUUAAGUAGUUUCCCUUUUGCAUGUGGGGACGGAUGAUCCUUGAUUCUUAAGCAGAUAUGUAAUAUUAUGGAUUUUUUCCCCUCACCUUCCUGUGUUGAGAGGAUUCACUUGAAGACAUUUGAUGUGGAGAGGGCAAGGAAAGCUGCCCCAGGGAUAAACACUGGGAUGCACAGAGUCUGUGCCACCAGGAGCUGGUGUGUGAAGUCCAGUGACAGCAGGCAGUGUUUAUGUCAUACAUGGGCUGUUGGAGUUUAUCAUACACUUACUGUUUGAUAUUUCUAGGAUAAUGAAUGUCUGCUUUCGGUCACUGGUGAUAAAGAGGGACCACGAGGUGGGAUGAGUCUGGCCUGGGUUGUUAAACGAGACACUUUCCACUUGCUCUCAUUUCUGUUGCUGCUUCUUCCAUUCUUCCCAAAUAACCUGUUCUUGUUUUUGCAGCUGAAACAACAUUUUUCUGGGGAACUAUCCCCUGCCUUGCUCCGACAUCAUUUAUCAUGAACCACCAAGCCACUUCCCUUGAGCCAUAUGGAGAAGUACCUGUCCUGGCCAAAGCAGGGGUUGGUUUCUGAUGUUGCCCAGCAUCCUCUUGGAGCCACAUAUGGCUUCCAUCAGCUUUGCUUUACGGCUCUGACAGAGCCAGCUCUACAUUCCCAAAAGCAUUUUCAUACACCAACUUGGCCUCUCACAUGGAUAUGUCUGUGCAGGAGCCCUGUGAGAGGUGACAUCUGCAUCCUGAGGCUGAUUCCUGUCCUUUAUGCUCCACAAAUCCCAAUUCAGCUUCUGCUUGUCCAGCUGUAUCACACACCAAGCUUCUCUCUAGUUGUGAAAAACAUUCCUUGGAUCACAAAGCUUUUGAAGCACUUGCAUUCUUCAUUCUCUUUCUCAGGGCAAUCUGUGGCACCUACAGCUGCUUGAACAGGUGAGGCCAAAGGGACUGAUUUCCUCCAGGUGACUGAGUAGCCAAAACUCCCUGGAUGAGCUGUGUUACCUGAAGGACUCUCCCUGCUUCGCUCUAGUUUGAAAUCUUGGAAAGCAACAAAAACCCCACUGGUUUAUAGUGUUUACAUGUUAGAGCUGAUCCCUGUUGAAUUCCAGUCCUGGCUUAAAAGCCGUUCCCGACAGUAACCUCCAGCCACACAUGAAGUGGGGAAUCAAGGGUGUCUCCAUGAUGGACACCAGUGAAGGUAUCAGUGACUGAAGCACCUGCUUGAACUUGCUCCUGUGCCUCAGCUUCCUCCUGAGCCAACUGCCAAAACAACAGAGCCCACCAUUUUCUUACAUUGAACAGUAUUUAAGAGGCCAAAUGCUGAUGAUUCCCUCCCUGGGAGCACCUUCAAACCUCCGUCCUCAUUGCCACUGGAACAUGGGGUUUGUAGCUGGUGAUCUCUUGCCCUGUUACUGCUCCAGCCAGUUGUGAUCCCUCGUCCCUUAUACUGAAAUUCCUGACCCAAUGCAUUCCUUGCUGCCUUCUGAACCAGAAGGAAAGUUCCAGUUUGUCAUGAGAAUUGCUUGUCCUGCUCUUAUCUCCUCUGUUCCCUUACCCACCCUGCUGUGCACACACAUCUCCAGGGAUCCCUCGCCUGUGGACAGUCGGUCCUCGCCGCACGGGCUCGCGAGGAGGACUCGACCUGAGCUCAGCACCCAGUGCAGGACCCAGAAAUCAAAACCAUUAAAAAGAGGGAGCACUGCAGAAACCUCUUUGCCAGUUACCUUCACCAGAAAGUCCGUGGCCACCUGGGCACUGCUGUAAAUAGGAUUCUUAGAGGACUAUGAAAACCCCCCAUGCUUAGCACAAAUAGCUCUUCUCUGACCUUUCCCUUGUGGUCGCACUUUGUACAUUAGUUGGAAAUUUGGUCAUGUGCUGUAUGUUUAUAGAAAGUUGACAUUUUUUUUAUACUAAAAAACACAGUGAGUGCCGUGCUAGUUUAAAAAAAAAAAAAAAAAGAAAAAAAAAAGGAAAACCCCCCCAAAAAAAGUAAAAAAAGGGGAAGGGGGAUGAACUGUAGAAAUUUGCCUAUUGUGUGUUUUCAAAAUACAUUCCAGAACCUGUGGGGUGGGAUGGGUUUGAUUUUGGGAUUUUUUUUGUUUGUUUGUUUCUUUCUUUGUUUUAAGGUACGUUCAUGUAUGAAAGUCAAAGUAUUUUUUUGUUUUGUUUCGUUUUGUUUUUUGGAUUGCCAACCUCAGUUCUGCUGAAAAGAGACAAACUCAGGGGUGGGGUGGGAUGGGAGGGGGGGACAGAACAGAGGGAGGUACCUUGAAGGUGAAACAAAACUGAGCAUGGAAGAGUGGCAGUGGCAGUGCUGGACAGCAGGCAUUCACUGGAGAGUUGGACUCGUGACCCCUGGGGGUCCCUUCCAAACCAGAAUAUUCUGUGAUUCUGAAACUACAUCAAACCAGACCCGAAAUCAGACCCUGAAGAACACGUGGACGUGGCCGGUUGACACCGACCAAGUAGGGACUGAGCAGAUACUCAACUCCUGGUGGCUCUGAGGGAACCCAAACAUUGUUCUGCACCUCCUCCAAACAGCUCACUGAGCAAAGGGACACACUCAGAGAUGUUGUGUCAGCUCCACAGCUCUUCCCUGCCUGCAGACGAGCCCUGAAGGGACAUGCUCUGGGGACAUUCUCUCAGCUCCACAGCUCUUCCCUGCCUGCAGAUGAGCCCUGCCAUCCCUGGGGAAAGGAACAGUGCCAAGUGGGUUUCUCUGACCUCCCCACAGCCCUGCCUUCACCUCUCCCCACAGCGUGGAUGUCGCAUCACUGUGUCCAGCAGCUCAGCAGAUUGGCUCCUGUCGCUCCGAGACUUUUUGUGUAUUUAAUGCUUCUAACCCGUCAUCCCUUAACACCUCCAUGUACCCACCUGGGGAAUAUCUACAUAGCACUCUAGGGCAUUCCUUAUUCCUAGUAACUGCGGAGAUGUCGCUUCUGUGUUUGCCUCCUAGCCAUUUGCUGGUGUGUGAGUGUGGGUGUGUGGGUGCCUGCGGGUGUGCGUGUGUAUAUAUAUAAUCGCACCAUAAUUUAUUCAGCUAUAUGGAGUAGAAUAGUAGAAAGAGAAAACUGGUUUUGCUUUAACUACCUGCUGCCUGUAGGUGUCUUUCUGUAACUCAGGCAUAACUGUUAUACAUUAAAAAAAAAAAAGGAAAAAAAAGGAAAAAAAAGGAUUAAAAGUGCCUUUGGGUGGCUUGUUUGCUUAACGCGCUCCGUGGUGUGCCAAGAGCAAGGGGGGAAAGUGGGGAAGCAGAAAUAUCCGACACACACAGGCAAAGUGCAGAUGUUUUUGCUCAAAGAAGCAAAAUCGCGGGGCUUCGUUCAUUAAUGAGA